AUGAAGAAAAUUGCUGAUACAUUCUUGUCGGCAUACUUUGGUGGAAAUGCAUUAUCAUAUAAUUCCAUGAGCAUGAUUCGAAAAACCAUAUAUAAACUAUGGUUAUUUGAAGUGAUGAAUCAAAAGGUGUUCCGGCAGAGAAUAUUUAGCAAUAUCCAGCAAAGUGCUCAAUCUCUGGCCCUAAUGCAUUUCUCUUUUCAAGGAAAAGAGGGUAAUACUCAAUUCAUUGCUUCUCGGUGUACUAUGACACAACUUGUAUUUCCUUCAAAUAGACAAACGAUUCUCAAACGCUGUGAAGAAAUAUUGUCGUACUUUCUUAUUCUUUGA